ACUAGUCACGUGAUUUCACAUCUAACUAUAUCCGCUGACUGUCGCAUAGUUGAUUUCACUGUCACUCACCGUCAACCAGCAAUCCGAGCAAUCUUUUCACCAAAGAACUAGCUGCAGGCAACAUGUGGCGUGCGUCCCUCCUCUUAUUGGCUGCCGGCUUGUCACUAAGCUUGGCUAAACCUCCCAUCCACCCGUUGUCCACUGAGAUGGUUGACCACAUCAACAAGAAGAACACUACCUGGAGGGCCGCUCUCAACUUUCAGAAGGCCGACUACAGUUAUGUGAAGAAACUCUGUGGAACGUUUCUCAAGGGACCCAAGCUUCCUGUCAUGGUUCAGUAUGCUGACAAUGUGUGGUUGCCAAAGAACUUUGACUCCAGGGAGCAGUGGCCUGACUGCCCCACACUGAAGGAGAUCAGAGACCAAGGCUCCUGUGGGUCCUGCUGGGCAUUUGGUGCCGUGGAAGCCAUAUCCGACCGUGUGUGCAUCCACAGCAAUGCCAAGGUCAGCGUGGAAGUCUCGGCAGAGGACCUGCUGUCCUGUUGCGAUGGUUGUGGCAUGGGAUGUAAUGGUGGCUACCCGUCAGCAGCCUGGGAAUUCUGGACUGGUGAGGGACUGGUCUCUGGUGGGCUGUAUAACUCCCACAUUGGUUGCCGGCCCUACACCAUCGCGCCUUGCGAGCACCACGUCAACGGUAGCCGACCUCCCUGCACUGGCGAGGAAGGACACACACCCAAGUGCAUAUCCAUGUGUGAACCCGGUUACACGCCCAGCUACACGCAGGACAAGCAUUAUGGUAAAACGUCUUACAGCGUUUUGUCAGAGCCAGAACAGAUUCAGAUGGAAAUAUACCAGAAAGGCCCAGUAGAGGGAGCCUUCACGGUGUAUUCGGACUUCGUUCUAUACAAGUCUGGUGUGUAUCAGCAUGUGUCUGGGUCCAUGCUGGGUGGGCACGCCAUCAAGAUCCUUGGCUGGGGUGAGGAAGAUGGUGUCCCCUACUGGCUCUGUGCCAACUCCUGGAACACUGACUGGGGUGAUAAUGGGUUCUUUAAAAUCUUGCGUGGAUCAAAUCACUGUGGCAUUGAGUCUGAAGUUGUGGCGGGUGUCCCCAAGUAAACUCGAAGGUCUUUGUGUUCGUUCAUUCGACAUUUGCUCGCUAGAGGGCGACAUACUCCACCUGCCUGCACUGAAAUGUCCCUGUGUUAUUCUAGUUUUGUCCGCAGUUCACUUUUACUAGUAGCAAGAUUUUUAUUUGUAGGUUGAUUUUUAGAAUGUCUACAAUCACUGUAUGUGCCUGAAAACAAUGUUUUCUUUUUUUUAUUAUUUGACUGUCAAAGAUGGUUUUAUUCAUGUCAGACUUUCCCAGCCUACAAAUUUGAUCGGCCAACUUAACUAUCUUGAAUGUAUCCUAUGUGUUGUCAAUACAGCUUCUGCAUUGUGAUUUUACUUUUUUGUGUGCCAUUCUGUCUAUCAUUAAGGACAGAGUUUAAAAGUUUGUGAUUUUAAUCACCUCUCUCCAGUGAACAAAAUGCUGGCAUACAACUGUUAAACUGAAUAAAAUUUUUAGUUUGGUUCUCAUUCUGA